AUGCGCAGGCUAGCGCUAAACUCACUAAACGCGUACCAAGCCAGCAGCGAGGCAAGUUUACGCGCGACCAAAACCACUAACAGCCAAGCUGUAAGUGAUUACGCACUGUUCACGGCACCCGUUGCACCGAGGCGAGGCGCUUCUGCAACCUCAACUCUCUCAAAGCAAGCUUGCACUCAGCAGCAAGCAACAAGCUUGCACCUCAGCAAACAUGCGACGGCAGCGCGCGAUCCAGCUCCUCGUCGGGCUCCUCGCAAGCCGACCAGCCGCAUCUGCGCGGUGCAAGCCGUCGUUGCCGCGCCGCGCCGGACUCGCGAUCCGAGGCGGCGAGACCGCCGCGGAGCCGGAGGACGCCGUCGACGCCGACGCCCGGGCGCGGCGGACCUGGCUCGUCGAACAGGUACGACGCCGGCAGGAGCGCGUCCUCGUGUUCAGCAAGGCGCUCGCGGAGCGCGGCCUCAACUUCGGCGACGGCACGACGGCGAACCCGCCGCCGCGGCUGAUGGUCGAGGCGCCGGACUGGCUCGUGGCGCGCGCGAGCGAGGAGGCGCCGCGGAGCUGCCUCAUCUGGGGCGACGCCCUCGAGGACACGGCGGUCGUGCGGCCGCGCAAGGCGCGCGGCCAGUGGGUCUCGCUGAGCGCCCUGAACAACCUGCGGCGGCUGGAGCCCGCGAAGGCGUCGAAGCUCUGGUACGACCGCUACGCGCUCGACCUGCGGCGGCUGAACGCCGAGAGCGGCCCGGCGGGCGUGCUGCUCGGGUCCCUGCUGGACUCGCGGCGCGCGGCGCGCGGCCUGACGCUGCUGACCGCCGCGCUCGUCCUGGCGCUCGCGCGGCCGCUCCUCGCCGUCGCGGCCGUCGCGGGCCUGACGUCGCGCGCGUGCUGGACGAACUACGCGCUCUGGUCGCCGCUCGUGCACGCGCCGCUGCCGCUGAAGCUGCUCGUGGUGCGGCAGGCCUACGUCUGGGCCGUGGGCGCGCUCCGGGCCCUCGAGCUGCUGCUGCGCAAGGGCCUGGUCGAGCUCGAGUCGCGCGCGCUCGAGGCCGGCGUGCGCGAGAGCGUCCUCGACGAGGGCGAGGACGAGUA